AUGAAGAGGAGGAUGAAGAUGAGAAGGAAGAGGAGAGUGGGAAGAGGAGAACAGGAUGAGGAUGAUGAGGAUGAUGAUGAUGAUGAAGAGGAAGAGGAGGGGCCGCGGCCGCCGGCAGGGGCGGAACUUCCCGGGUCAGCGGCGGCGGCUCCAUCCGGCCCGGGCGGAGCCUCCGGGAGCGGAACCGGGGCAGCCCCGGGGCCCCCGAACGGCUCCGGAACCGGGGGGACCCCGGGGGGCCCGAACCGGGACCGGAACCGGGAACCGAACCGGGAGAGGAACCGGAACCGAACCGGGAGCGGAACCGGGAACCGAACCGGGGCAGCCCCGGGGCCCCCGAACGGCUCCGGAACCGGGGGGACCCCGGGGGGCCCGAACCGGGACCGGGACCGGGAACCGAACCGGGAGAGGAACCAGGGGAGGAACCGGGAACCGAACCGGGAACGAGAGCGGGAACGGAACCAGGGGAGGAACCGGGAGAAGAACCGGGACCGGAACCGGGAGCAGGAACCGGGAGAGGAACCGAACCGGGAACGGAACCAGGGGAGGAACCGGGAGCGGAACCGGGAACCGAACCGGGAACGAGAGCGGGAACGGAACCAGGGGAGGAACCGGGAGAGGAACCGGGAGAGGAACCAGGGGAGGAACCGGGAGAAGAACCGGGACCGGAACCGGGAGAGGAACCGAACCGGGAACGGAACCUGGAGCGGAACCGGUACCGGCACCAUGCAGGAGAGCUACGAGUCCCUGAUGCUGCUGGGUGAGCCCCAAAAUCAGCCCAAAAAUGACCCAAAGUCAGCCCAAAAUGAGCCCAAAAUUGAGCCCAAAUCAGCCCCAAAAUGA